AUCCUCAACGCACGUUUGUAUGCGCACGUCCGAGCCUCGAACGAGACGCUUCGAACACCGCUCGGACCCCCUUUGCGUGGUGCAUACAUUCUAAGAAAACAUGCCUCUGUUUGGAAAGUCCCAGAAGAGUCCGGCGGAAGUGGUGAAGGCUCUGAAGGAGGCGGUAAACGCGUUGGAGCGCGGCGACAAGAAGGUAGAGAAGGCGCAAGAGGAUGUGAGCAAGAAUCUUGUGCACAUCAAGAACAUGCUGUACGGCACGGCCGAGACGGAGCCACAGGCAGACAUCGUGGUGGCGCAAUUGGCCCAGGAAUUGUACAACAGCAAUCUGCUGCUUUUGCUCGUGCAGAAUUUGAGUCGCAUCGACUUCGAGGGAAAGAAGGACGUCGCACAGGUCUUCAAUAACAUCCUGCGGAGGCAGAUUGGAACUAGAUCACCCACUGUAGAAUACAUAUGUACCAAACCUGAAAUUCUUUUUACACUCAUGUCCGGUUACGAGCACCAAGACAUUGCGCUCAACUGUGGCACAAUGUUGCGAGAGUGCGCGAGAUACGAAGCUCUGGCCAAGAUCAUGAUCUACUCGGAUGACUUUUACAACUUCUUCAGAUACGUCGAGGUCUCUACGUUCGAUAUCGCGUCUGACGCUUUCUCUACAUUUAAAGAAUUACUUACGAGGCACAAAAUACUCAGCGCCGAAUUCUUAGAGAUACAUUACGAUAAAGUUUUCUCACACUAUCAGAGGUUACUCAAUUCAGAGAACUAUGUAACACGACGACAGAGUUUGAAACUGCUGGGCGAGCUACUGCUCGAUAGACAUAAUUUUACAGUUAUGACACGAUAUAUAUCAAAUCCAGAUAAUUUGAAACUAAUGAUGAACAUGCUGAAGGAGAAAUCUCGCAAUAUACAGUUUGAGGCUUUUCACGUCUUCAAGGUAUUUGUGGCGAAUCCCAACAAACCGAAACCCAUUCUGGACAUAUUGCUCCGCAAUCAGGAGAAGCUGAUCGAGUUCCUGACGCGCUUCCACACGGAUCGCUCCGAGGAUGAGCAGUUCAAUGACGAGAAGGCGUAUCUGAUUAAGCAGAUCAAAGAACUUAAGUCUGUACAUGAUAAUUAAGUCAAGGAAAAUACAAUUAUUGCUACCGCUAUGACUAACUACCACUACAAUCAUUAUUACUAGAGUCUGCUGCUGUUGCUAAUUACGGUUUUAUCACUAUUAUGUAGUUAUAAUUUAUCAUCGUCACUGUCAUAUUGUCACCAUUAUUACGAUCAUCGUCAUUACCGUUGUCAUCGUCAUCCCGGCAUUAUUAUUAUUAUUAUUAUUAAUUUUAUUUGUGAGUAAAUAUUUCACUGUAAAUAAAAACUACAUUUAUAUCUUAUUGUACUAUACGCAGAUCGAGUUGUCACCGUUGCCAGCGUUCUGCCACGUUUUUAGGAAUGAGUCGGUUAUUAAAGCAGAAUGAAAACUUAA